AUGACUAGCCGCUAUAUUCUCAACUCUUCCCGCCCUAUCCUUAGGCCUCUACUAUCUAUCCCAAAACAACACCGCUUCAUAUCCCAGUCCCCUAUCAUCAUGGCACCUCGUAUAUCCGAAGCGAUCAAGACCGACCACCGCGAGCUCGAGGACUACUACAACAAGAUCCUGAACUCUGCUACCGAGAAAGAGAAAAUCGAAUGGCAAAAUCAAUUUACUUGGGAAUUAGCCCGUCACUCGAUCGCUGAAGAGCUGGUCGUCUACCCCCAGUUCGAGAAGUCCAUCCCCGACGGCCGGGCCAUGGCAGAUAAGGACCGGAAAGAGCAUCAAUCGGUUAAAGAACAGCUGAAGAAAUUCCAGAACAUGAAACCCGCGGACCCGGAGUUCGAGUCUACUAUCAGGGCAUUGAUGAAGGACCUUUCCGAGCACAUCAAGGAAGAAGAGAGUCAAGAUCUGCCGAAGCUGGAAGACGCCGUGUCGGCGGAGGAAAGCGAGAAGCUUUCGAAGUCUUUUGGUAGGACGAAGAUGUUUGUGCCCUCGCGGUCCCAUCCUAGCGCGCCUGAUAAGCCGCCUUUUGAGACUGCCAUCGGUUUGAUGACUGCUCCGAUUGAUCAUUUGGCUGAUUUGUUUCGGAAAUGGCCGCAUACUUCGGGGAUGCCGAAUCCUUCUACGAAGUAA